AUGUUUACCUCACCACCCAGCCAGCCGAUGCCUACCCAAGAGCAGCAGCUCUGCCAGCUGCUCGCGGAGUUACCAUACCGUUUUCAAUACCGCUUCACAGAUGAGGCAAAGCAAGAGCUUCUGCGCGGCAUGUUUCAGUUCCUAUGUGGUAGCCGGCCUGAGUAUUUGAGUCUGAUGUUCCCAAAUGGACAGAUUACAGAUAAUCUCAAGCUUGCCGAAGCUCAAGGUGGCCUACAAGGUGCCGAGUACACCGAAGCAGCGCGGGGCAAACGCUGCGGCCACAUUUUCAAGGCCGGUGAAGCUUCAUACAUGUUUUGCGAAGAAGUCAUGAAGCCAUGGAACCAGGGCAGUUCUGCUACUCAUACGCUCGGGCUCAUUGAUGACGAGGAUCAGGAUGACCAGUACAUGAUGUCCAGGACUAGACUUCCAGGUGUUAGUGCGCACUUCAUUCUUGCCCUACAGGCCACGGCGGGACGCGUAGGGCUCGACACGGAUGAGGAGUCUGACGAGGAUGUCAUGGAUGACGUUGAGAUUGAUGACUUUCUAGAUUUCGGAGAGGAAGAAGAAAAUGCGUCUCAUGCCGGCUCAGCAGCAAGACGCGGUGACGACGACGACGACGAUGUUAUGAUGGUCGACGCUAGAGGUGAUGUCGGUGAUUUGAAUAUGAACUGGAGUCAAUCGGACCAAGCCUUGGAAGAGGAUGAAGCCACCAUGGCCGGAUAUCCGCCGCCGCCACCCCCACCUCCUGCGCAAGCAACAACAGCAGCUACAGGCGCAGAUCUGGAGCGAGAGGGCACACCAUCGGACUCGGACCCUGUUGAUGCUAUCCGUCCACCGGCUGCCUACGUCAAAGAAAAUCUCGCCAUACCCCAGACCCCCGGUACGACAACGAAGGCGGUACCACGCCCCGGCCCGUACUGGAUCGAGACACCCACCAGCUACACUCGGCGAGAGAAUGUCUCUCCAGCUGAAGAUGUAUUUCAGAGAGUGAGGCUGGACUGGCUUCUCUUAUUCGACCUUCGAAUGUGGAAGAAGGCAAGGAAUGACCUUCGCUCGCUCUAUAUCUCCACCGUAGUUUCGGUGCCAGAGUUCAAGCGGGUGCUGGCGCUCAGGUUCGCCAGUCUCUACACUAUUCUCGCGCAGCUGUACCUUGUCGGUGACAGGGAGCCUGACCACUCCAUCAUCAACCUCUCCUUACAGAUGCUCACAACUCCUUCCAUCACUGCAGAGGUGGUGGAGCGCGGCAACUUUAUGACCAGCUUACUAGCCAUUCUCUACACCUUUUUGACAACGCGUCAGGUUGGUCAUCCAUGGGACAUCUCUCCUUUUGCAGUACUGGGCUUUGAGAGUGGCUCUGUUACUAAUCGGCGGAUGUAUCACUUUUAUCAAGACCUUAAGUACCUCUUUGGAUCUCCCCAUGUUCAGGAACGAGUACGUUGCGAACCAAGGUAUCUGAUGCAGUUCCUUGAUCUGGUCAAAUUGCAUCAAUGCAUUGGCCCCAAUGUCCGCGCAGUCGUGGAACACGUCGAAUACGAGGCCGAUUCCUGGAUAACAGCCUCCUUGGUUACUCGUCAAAUCAAUCUUCAAGCGCGAAACCUUGCCGAAUCAUUUAGAGACUGCCCUCUGGAUGAGAUCCAUCAUCUCCAACGUGCAAUUCGGUUCACUGCCAAGACGGUUAUUCUCAACUCUGUUGGUGCUGACCGGCAGCGGUUCAAGAAUAGUGAAAUCAAGGACGAGGUGAAAUUCAAGACUAUCGAUGACUUUGAGUUUGACUUGGACUCGCCGGCGUACCAAGUAGUCCAAUUUGUGGUUGAGAAAGACCAGAUCAGCUUCCAUCAUGCUCUACAUUAUACCCUGUCCUGGUUGAUUGAAUGUGGUCGAUCUUUGCCCGCGUCUGACAUUAAGUUGUUGCUGAGCUUCACUCGGCAAGAGCUCAAAGCGAAUCCAAAGUUGAUGGGACGGGCUCAAGUCCCAAAGACUGAUUCCACCGCGGAGGACUAUCUGAUGGCCGCCUUUGAUUACCCCUUAAGAGUAUGCGCCUGGCUAGCACAAAUCAAAGCCAAUAUGUGGGUUAGAAAUGGCAUCAGCCUACGCCAUCAAGCAAGCACCUACAAAGGCGUGUUGCAGCGAGACGUUUCGCAUCACCGCGACAUCUUCCUUUUGCAAACUGCCAUGGUUGUGUGCAAUCCUAGCCGCGUCCUUGCCUCGAUAAUUGAUCGUUUUGGUAUGGAGAAGUGGGUGAAGGGUCUCUUUGAGGUCAAGUCGGAAGCGCAAGACGACAAUCAACAUCUUGAUAUUGUGGAAGACAUGAUCCACCUCCUCAUUGUGCUCCUCAGCGAUCGCACAUCCUUGAUUGCCAGUGAGGACGAACCGAACUCCCGCGUAUUAGCAAUGCGCAGAGACAUCAUUCAUGUGCUGUGCUUCAAGCCGUUAUCCUUCAACGAAAUUUGCAACAAGCUGCCUGAGAAGUACCAGGAACAGGAAGAUUUUCACAACGUGCUGGAUGAGAUGGCCACUUUCAAGCCCCCCGAAGGAGUCUCUGACGUGGGCACAUUCGAGUUGCGACCGGAAUUUGUCGAAGAGAUUGACCCAUACAUCGCACACUACAACAAAAAUCAGCGGGAAGAGUCCGAAACAGCAUACCGUAAGAAGAUGGCCAAAAAGACAGGAAAGUCGCUGGAAGAAAUUGUGUAUGAACCGAAGCAUCGCCCCAUCCCCUCCGGCCUGUUCAAGAACCUGGGUCAAUUCACAGGCACGGGCAUGUUUGCUCAGAUCAUUUACUACUCGUUACUGUAUCCCUUGGUGGCCGAAAGAUUCACGCCGUUAGUCCCUGUCACAAGGCUUGAGACGUUUCUACAGGUCGUUCUUCACCUUAUGCUGAUUGCCAUAAACGAGGACGGAUCGAGUGAAGAAACUCAGAUGGGAGAGGGGACAAACUCAUUUGUUCUUAUUGCGCUCACUAGGGCGUCAAGAGGAAACUUUAUGCCCGAUGCUCAGAACGCCAGAACUAUUGUGUCGCUUCUGCACAUUCUGUCUACCAAAGAAGCUUUCAAGUCUUCUCAUCCCAAGAUCUCACUGGUGUUGAAGCGACUGAAACAGCGCCAUCUGAAUGCCUUCCAGGCGUCUCUUGUCCACCUUGGGAUUGCUGUUGACCGGGUCGAUACGGCGUCGCCAGCCAAUGCUUCAGCAGAUGAGGAACGAGAGAGGCGCAAGAAGGCGGCGCUCAGCCGCCAUGCAAAGGUCAUGGCACAAUUUCAGGAACAACAAAAGAGCUUCAUGGAAAACCAGGGCGAGAUUGACUGGAGCUCCGAUUUAGAGGAGGAUGAGCCGCAGCCCACCGAGGAUCGCAAACACAACUGGAAGUAUCCUACUGGUACCUGCAUUCUGUGUCAGGAGGAAGCUGAUGAGCGCAAGCUCUACGGAACAUUCGCACUGUUCAAUAAUAGCCGCAUUCUUCGGCAAACUGACUUUCAGGACCCCGAGAUGGUUCGAGACGCAUCACAGACGCCAUGCAGCCUUGAUCGUUCUGCCGAGGAUAUCCGCCCCUUUGGUAUUGCUCGAGAGAACAGAAGAAUGGUAGAGAAACUUACUUCUGAGGGGAAUGCGUUCUUGGCCGAGCGGCAAACAGUUGGAAAGGGGUUUGACCCCAAGUUCUCGCGAGCCGGGCCUGUGGCCUCUGGUUGUGGACACAUGAUGCACUUCCGCUGCUUUGAGCAAUACUACGAAGCCACAAAUCGCAGGCACACUCAUCAAAUUGCCCGUCACCACCCCGAAGACACUCGUCGCAAUGAGUUCGUUUGUCCUUUGUGCAAAGCCCUAGGCAACGCAUUCCUGCCUGUCAUUUGGAAGGGUUUGGAAGAGUGCUACCCGGGCUAUCUUCAGCCCCAGCAUUCUUUUGCAGACUUCCUGGCUCAGCAGAUGAGCUCUGCGUACUGGCUAGGCGGCAGCAAGGCGCCUGAGCUAGCUAAUUCGAAUCUCCCUGCCCUAUUUACCCCCAGUGUUCCCGGCAGCCUCAUGGAAACAAUGGCGCGGUCACAGCAAUCUUCGGGCACAUCAUGGGGCCUGAAUGAGACCAGCCCAUCUCUCAGUACGCCAGAGGAAGGAUCGGCGACGUCAGAAGAUAUACCUACCCCCCCUAGCCACGCGCUGCCUGCCGCGAGCAACUCGCAAGUCCUCAAUGAAUUGAAGGCUGCAUACCGCCGGUUGAGGGAGACGCUUAGACUGAAUGACAUUGAUUCACAUCAUAUGUCUGACAUCAGUGUAGACGACAUGGAAAAGUUUCGCUUGAAUGGUACUCUUGUUCACUCGCUGGCCUAUACCAUUUCCUCGGUAGAAAUCCAGCAGAGAGGAAUGGAAGCGCAGCCAGGCAUGACGCUUCUAGAAAAGAUUCCCGAGCAAACCAUCACCCACCUCCGGGUUUUGUCCGAGACAGCUGGGUCGUUCAUGAAGAUAAUGUCACUCUCUGACCAGCAGGUUGAUGCCGAAUUCAAUAGAGACUCAGAGCGCCAGCACUGCCAGCUCUUCAUGUCGCGCUACUUUGGUACAGGCACGCCUCACGCUCGCAGGCCGCUGGAUGUCUACCCGCCGCUGUUGAGCAUGGAUCCUUUCAUUUUCUUGGUUGAGUGCUCCUACGGCUUUGUCCAUACGCAAAGAGCUGAAAUUUUCCACGUUCUGAGGCUCUGCUACCUUGCUGAACUUGUCAAAAUUGUCUUCCACAUGGGUCAAAAUAUUCCCAGCAACAUGUGGCUAGAGGAUCUGGUGCGUGCACAAACACACAACACAACGAUGAGGAAUUUCGCAGUCUUUGCGAUGACGAUUACCAAGUGCGCAAUCGAAAGCCGAGCCUCGACAGACUUUGAGAGCAGAGAGGACCGUGGUUUCCAGCAGCCUGGCGUGGACUGUGUGGAAGGAUGGUACACUUUCGCCAAAAAGUAUGCCCUCACAUUUUUACGCAAGUGUGUGGUAUUCCUCAACGUCAUGUAUGGGGUUGACUUCAACAGUCACAUCUCCCCAUCUCCCGAUGCCGACGAGCUUGAUCGGUUAACAGAGGCUUUGCGCAUUCCCUCCUUUGACGAUAUGUGUUUAGCCCUACACCCCCAUGGCGAGCAUGGCGACUGGCCAGAGACUACGCAGGCACUCGUUUUUGGAUGGGUCAAGCAUCAAGUCAUGUGGCCACGAGCAUACAACGACGUGCCGCCUUCGGGGAUGAUGAGCCACCCCGGCAUCUUCGAGCUCAUCGGCCUGCCCAAGACCUAUGACACUUUGAUUGAGGCAGCUAUACGAAACCGCUGCCCCACUACUGGCAAGGACCUCACUGAUCCUGUUUUAUGCUUGUUCUGCGGCGCACUUUUCUGCAGCCAGGGAACGUGUUGCCAACGCAUAGAUACGUCUGACAGGGAGUCAACUAGGCUCGGGGGAGCGCAGCAGCACAUGCAAAAGUGCCAGGGAAAUAUCGGUGUUUUCCUCAACAUUCGGAAGAGCUCUAUCAUCUACCUGUUUCGGCGGGCGGGGUCGUAUACACCGGUACCUUAUAUCGACAAGUACGGUGAGACGGAUCCUCAGCUGCGUCACGGACGACAGCUCUUUUUGAAUCAGAAACGAUACGAUUCCAUGAUUCGCAAUACAGUUUUGAAUCAUGGCGUGCCAAGCUUAAUCAGCCGCAAAUUGGAGGCUGAGAUCAAUAAUGGCGGAUGGGACACAUUGUAA